AUGACAAUUUCGAAGCCGCCUGGGAGAGUGCAACUAUCUAGUUCUUCCGUCCCAUCUCGAAGUCCUGCUAAUCCCAACUAUACCAGGGAACCUCUAAAUCGCACAGGCACGUGCAAUGUUGUUAUUUUUGGAGAAUCUGGAGCUGGCAAAAGUUCCUUGGUCAAUUUGAUCACUAGGAAGGACGUAGCAGGGAUAUCUUGCAAUGCUAAGGGAUGUACAGAUGCAGUCAAUGAGCACGAAAUUUUGAUUCAGAGCGAGACGUUGAAGGUGGCAGGUCUCGGCGAGGAUCCUCGGGGUACAGUCCCAGAUAAGGAAGCUCGAAGAAUAUUGAAGAACCUAGUUCAAACUCUGAUGAAGCGAGACGACAUUCAUCUCAUCAUUUACUGUGUGCGGGGUGAGAGAGAGAUUCAGACACUCCGCAAGAACUACAACCUCGUUCACUCCCAAGUCAAGAUCAAAGUUCCAAUUGUCCUUGUCGUCACAUCUUUGGAAUCCUACGAACCAGACAUGGAAAAGUGGUGGAGGUUGAAAGAGAACACCAUCUCAAAACUUGGGAUGACCUUUGCUGGUCACGCAUGUGUCACCACGGGGAGGAUCACACAAUCUAAUGUGACGGAACGCGGCCUCAACCAGUCGUACAACGCUGUCUGCAAGCUCAUCGAACAGUAUCACCCGUCGAUCAGUAGCAGCAAGCGUGCAAACAUCGUCCUCUUUGGGCAGGCAGGGGCAGGCAAAAGCUCGCUCGUCAAUCUCAUGGCGGAAAUGGACGUGGCACGCACAUUCCGCACAUUGCACUGCCAAAAAUAUCCCAUCGAAUUCGAUGGCAGGUCUUAUAACGUGUUCGAUACCGUUGGACUUCAAGAACCACAGCUGGGAAUCCCACAGUACCUCGACGCUAUCGAGAAUAUCUAUAGGCUCAUUCAGGAUUUGGAGAGACAAGGCGGCAUUGAUCUACUUCUGUUCUGCAUGCGCGCAGGUAAACUCACCACUACGCUUGAAACCAAUUACUGGCUCUUUCACGAAUUCCUCUGUGACAAGAAGGUUCCCGUCGUUGUAGUGAUCACGUACCUCGAAAACGAGGUUGGAGAAAUGGAUGCCUGGUGGAAGCAAAACGAAGACAUUUUCCGUAAACGGAAGGUCCGUGUCGCUGGUCAUGCAUGCAUCACCGCCAUCCAAGGCAGUUAUCCAGAACGGCACGCACAAUCGCGCACCACUAUCCGUAAAGUUGUCCAGCAGUUUACUGCUGACGGGGAGAAGGAGGCAUGGAUAAGAGGAGACACGUCCGUGUCGUUUAUGCGUAAGGUGAAGGGGUUGGUGGGUUUGGGGAAAGAUAUGGUGUCUUGCCUCAAGCGUUGCGGUAUGUCUCCAGAUGUCGCAAAACGGUUAGUUGAUAGAAUCAGGAAUGGCGUGGUGGAAGGUGCUACUUGA